UUUAGAUAUUCUUCAACAAGCGUGUAUUUGUAGGCAGCGAAACCCUAGUUCUUGCGGCUGGAGAGAUACAGAGAGGAGGAAAAAUGGUGUCGCUGAAGCUUCAGAAGCGCUUAGCAGCAAGCGUACUCAAGUGCGGGAAGGGAAAGGUGUGGCUUGACCCGAAUGAAGUCAGCGAAAUCUCCAUGGCCAAUUCCAGGCAAAACAUUAGGAAAUUGGUCAAGGAUGGGUUUAUUAUUAGAAAACCGACAAAGAUUCAUUCUCGCUCUCGUGCACGCAGAAUGAAGGAGGCGAAGAGAAAGGGACGCCAUUCUGGAUAUGGUAAACGCAAGGGUACAAGGGAAGCAAGGCUUCCUACAAAAAUCCUCUGGAUGAGGAGAAUGCGUGUCCUCAGGCGUUUGCUUCGGAAGUACAGGGAGGCCAAGAAGAUUGAUAAACAUAUGUAUCAUGACAUGUACAUGAAAGUGAAGGGUAAUGUCUUUAAGAACAAGCGAGUGCUAAUGGAAAGUAUCCACAAGUCAAAGGCUGAGAAGGCAAGAGAAAAGACAUUGUCUGAUCAGUUUGAGGCCAAGCGAGCCAAGAACAAGGCAAGCAGGGAAAGGAAAAUGGCCAGGAGAGAAGAGCGUUUGGCCCAGGGACCUGGGGCAAAAGCACCACCAGCGCCUGCCUCUCAGCCAACAGAGGGAACAAAGAAGUCGAAGAAGUGAUCUGUUGGAAUUAAUUAUAUAUGGCCGUGCUGAAGCCACCUAUUUGGCUAGUCAAAUUUUGUCUAGUUUCAUGUUACUUUUAUUCCUAAAUUAUGGUCAAGGGCCUCUCUAUAAACUUGGAAGUUUGUUUGUAAGUUCAGAUUGUUUUUGUUGGUGAAUGGUGCUGAAUGGUGAAACUUAUUUCUGUUUACUAAUUGAACUCGUAUUGGGUGUGAGUUUAUUCUGUGAGACUGUUGAGAUUUUUACUGAA